AUGCACAUCGAUUUGAAAGAUCAGGCAGAUUGUGCUCGUGUGUCGCGAAAGGGUGUUUUCCCUUCCCGCUUCCCCUUAGACGUUACGGCUGCCAAUUCUCUACAGAAUAACAAUCUUAACUCAAAGAACGUCUCACAUGACACCAAACAGCCUCCCGAUGACCUGGAUAUUGGUUCACAAGCUCCGUCCUCUUCUUCCUACUCGGGAUUUUGUGCCCACAUUUGCUCUCUUUUGCCCUACCUUAAUCCGAACUGGCCACCACUUCGACUCCCCCAGAAGCUCCAGCCUUCAACCUCCAGUUCAAGUGAACUGCCGUCUGAAUCGCCAUCCGUCACCAUUACUGAGCUGUCAUCGAAUACCACAGCCGCUACGGUUGACCAAAAUCCUACCAGUUCGGAAAUUAGCAAUGCAAGUUCUCUUCCUAUUUCGAUGAAUGAAGAUUCGGUCACAGCAGGGAUGAUUGAUGAU